AUGGCAGACCAAGAUGAUACUCGCGAAUCCUACAGAAGAGCUAAUCCUUCCCGCGGGGAGCCCGCUUCUCUUCAGGAUGUCUUGUCUGCUCUCUUCGCUCUGCAGCCCCAAAAUGCUUCUCACGUAUCUAUCGACGCCGGGGGAAACACACGUUUGAGAGUGUCUGAACUAACGCUACGAGACAUGGCACGACUACUAAGCUCAAGGCCAGUUACAACCGCUGAUCAACGAUCGGCCUCCGCACGCGCUCACCAUUCCAUGGUCGCCGACGACGACGAUGAUGAUGAUGAAUACAUCCCCAUUGACGAUGAUGACGACGACGAAGAUACAUAUAAUCGGCCAGCCAGAAGGCGAGGACGCCCGUUCUUUCCCCCAGUCACAGAACCAAAGAAAGAAGGUUUGGAAUUGUUGGCUAGUGGUGACUUUGGGAGGGUCGGGGUAAAGAGCCGCGGCAGGAGAAAUAGAGCCAAUAUUGCAAGAACUAUAUUAGGAAGGGGCUCUCAUCCAAUUCCUUUGUUCAAUCGAGAGGACAUUCUUAAUAAAUUCGUACCCAACACCAAUGGAACGACAGUUGCAAUUUAUGAUGCAAACAUGUAUACUGCACAGUUUUCAGAUGAUUUUAAACUUCAUAUCUUUGACAUGAGGGCUCCCCCACUCACACAUUCAACUCCUGGACCAUCCAGCCGAAGCAUGAGUGACAGUGGUCUCACCACUCGAAUGCCUUUGAGGAAGGUCAUCCAAGGCCACCCAGGUCGGUGGACCAUUACCGAUGCAAACCUUUCUCCAGAUAACGAACGGUGCAUAUUUUACUCCUCUACCUCACCUGAUGGAAACAAUUCACAAAUUCCUAUUCCGUUUGCUGACCACCCUAGUGGUAGGGGACAUUAUCAUUCUAGUUUCGGAAUAUGGAGUUGCAGGUUUUCAGCUGAUGGGAAUGAAAUCGUGGCUGGAGGAGAUGGAAAGCUAUUCGUUUAUGAUCUUUUGGCCAACAAAAGGACGGUCAAGAUACAGGCUCACGAAGAUGAUGUGAACAGUUGCUGCUGGGCAGAUACAGCAUCUGGCAACGUUCUUGUAAGUGCAUCUGAUGACACUUAUAUCAAAGUCUGGGAUCGUCGGUCAUUGGGCUCAUCUCGCAAACCAUCUGGUGUUCUCGUUGGACAUACUGAGGGAAUUACCUAUGUAUCGGCGAAAGGCGAUGGGAGAUAUAUUGUCUCCAAUGGCAAGGAUCAGGCUGCCCGUCUAUGGGACCUGAGAAAAAUGCGAUCUAGCGCCGAGUUUGACGAAAUACGACUCGAUCGCAGGUACUAUGGUAUUCCUGAAUUCGAUUACAGAUAUCCGUACUAUCCUGAACCGAAUUAUCCGGCCCAUCCUAAGGACUGUAGUGUUAUGACCUUCCGUGGUCACAGUGUACUACGGACGCUUAUUAGAUGUCACUUCAGUCCUGCAGAGUCUACUGGAUCUCAGUACAUCUAUUCUGGCUCAGCGAAUGGGCUAAUACAUGAACCGGUUAUCAUGAGCGCUGGAUGGGAGAACGCCCGGGGUGGUACUGUCAUCGCUCGGCACGAGUAUAAAGGGUUAUCAAAGAUGCCAGGGGCUUUGGAAGACUGGGUAGAAAAGAAUCGCCUAGAGACAGAAGAAACGGAAAAUAGACCUAGGAGAUCAGGCCGCCUCGCCCAGCAACGAGGUCUCAUGCCUGGAACUUUUCAUCAUGAUGAAGACGAGGAGGAAGACGAAGAUGAUUUCGAUUUUUUCUGA